AUGGAUAGAAUUAACCGACCAGAUCGCCUCGCAGCGACAAACAACCAACCUGGAUACAUUUCAAUUCUCUCCCCAGAAAGAUACCUCGAGCGCGGUACCAUAAUUCUAAACGGUAUUCAAACAGCAAUCGACACUCGACCAGUCAGAGACGUUGCGUAUCCAGAUUGGAAUAUCCGCUACAUAAAUGUUCACAAGUUUCACAAUCGAGCGCUUCCAGAUCUCAACGGAUUCAACCGAGUUUUCUCAGAUCCACAGUUGCGGAUUGAAAGCGACGGAGCCCAUUGGUCUUUUUACACGAUCUUUUCCAGAGCGAGUGUUGAUGCUGCAGACGAUAUAAAUGAUUUGUUAGAUUAUGAUAGUGUUGUACAGAUGUUCAUUUCUCCGAAAACUGGAACUGCCUUCAUGACGCUCUCAGUAGCAGAGUCUGAUAUUGAUAUGCCCGGCGUCAAUACACAGCGUUUGUAUAACAGCGAACUCCUUUAUCAAGCAUGGCGCGAUGCAUGCGCUGCGCAGUUGGCAAGCGGCAAUACGAAUGAAUCGCAACUUGCAAAACUCAAGUACAUCGUCUGCGGUCCCAUUGUCAACCUUGGAACUCUCUGGACAAUCCGCGAUGUGCUCACAUCCCAGCAAGUUCCUGAGCUUGCAGCAGGCCAGAAACAUAGAUUCACGGUUGAUCCAUCGAUGAGUGUUGAGUUCAAGAUGUUGAUGGGAACCGACAAUGGGAGACCAUUUGGAAGAUUAUGCGCGGACCACGCUCAGACAUUGGGCAAGAAACAAGUCGGAAAGAUUCACAUUUUUUAUCCGUUUGAAGAAUACAAUGACGGUACGUUGGUAUUUGAAUUGAUUGAAAGUUCACCGCUAAAAAUUCAAAGAAGACCAACAGCCCGUGAGAGAAUCCUCGCAAUAGCUGAGGCAAACACAGAAGCUACCCCUCUCGAGAAAAAAGUUACACCCAAAGUCAACCGAAAAGUCAGCGAGAGAGUAAAAGGGUUAAUGAAGAAGUUUGAGAACUGA